GAGGUUUCUAAUUUUUAUAAUCAUUAUCGUCUUUUGUGCGAAGUAGUCGAUAUUUUAGAGAACGGUGCUUUUAUACUAAUCUACUAAAAACUUUCAUUUACCAGUGAUAUUUUAGUGGCUUUUAUUAAAAUCAUGACUUCAACAGUUCCCAGCGACAGGAACGAAGAACGUCGACGAAGGGUUCUCUUAGGACCUCUGCCAGCUGGGUUCCUGAGGACUGAUGGAGCAACAGACACCCUGGAUACCGAUUACCAAGCUGCCCUCGCUCUGCAACAACAGCUUUGUGGUGCUACGAUGCCACCAGCAAGCCCACCGCUGACAGCUAGACUCAGUGUUACAAUCGCACAAGCCAAACUCGUCAAAAAUUAUGGUCUGACACGUAUGGAUCCGUACGUUCGUCUGCGAGUCGGUCAUUGCAUAUACGAAACUCAAACCGAUCCCAGCGGGGGGAAGACGCCGCGUUGGAACAAGGUUAUACACUGUCUCCUGCCCCCUGGCGUCAACUCAAUCUACCUGGAGAUUUUCGACGAAUGUUCGUUUACUAUGGACGAACUCAUCGCUUGGACGCACAUAACUAUACCACAGGCGGUUCUAAACGGGGAGACCCACGAGGAUUGGUACCCGCUGAACGGUAAGCAGGGCGACGGUAUGGAGGGCAUGAUCAACCUCGUUCUCAGCUAUUCUGUGGGUCCAGCAGCCGUGGCGACGUUCCCACCAGUACUAGUGGUACCCAGCACAGGUGGGCUAGGGUACGCGGCAAUGCCCGUCUACCCGCAGUACCCGAACUACCCACACCCGCAACAACAACAACAACAACAGCAACAGCAACAGCCACAACAGCAACCCAUAACUGCAGAGCAGUUGCAACAGAUCGAAGAGAUGUUCCCGAGCAUCGACAAGGAAGUCAUCAAAUCUGUUCUAGAAGCGAACCGCGGGAACAAGGACGCAACGAUAAAUUCGUUACUGCAAAUGUCUGAAUAAAAUAUA